AUGCUUUCCAUUCGCGGAGCGGCGGUUCGUGCUGGCGUGAGGCAGCUCGGCAGCAGCGGUGCUUCACGGCCUGCCCUUGUGGGUGCAUCAACCAAGACAUGGAGCCGCUCCCUGUCGGACGAGCGUACCCCAGGAGACUGGUUGGACCACCGCCUUCGGAGGGACGUGAAGAUGCUUGGGGGUAUCCUCGGCCGUGCCAUCGAAAAGCACAGCGGGACGGAAACCCUGAACCACGUUGAGGACCUGCGUUCCCUGGCAAGAUCUUGGAGGGCCGGUGAUUCGGAUUUGUCCGUCCUUGCAGACAAGGUGAAGACUCUCUCGGCCGAGGAGAUGCUGGCGGUCGCAAAGGCGUUCUCGCACUUUUUCUCGCUCGCCAACGCCGCCGACAACCACCACCGAGUGAGGAGAUUCCGGGAGAGGAUCCAAGACAGCAAGAGCCUCGGAGUGGCGAGGAGGGAAGACUCGAGCCUCGGCACGAUCGAGGGGCUCCUCAGCAGGAAGAUCGCCACCCCGGACCAGAUCAUCAACGCCUUGUGCAACCAAAAGGCCGAGCUGGUGCUGACGGCCCACCCCACGGAGGUGAACAGGCGCACGCUUCUGGCGAAGCACCAGGAGGUGGCCAGGCGGCUGGAAGACCUGGAGCAGAUCGACCGCAUCGGCGGACCGUUGGUGGCGGGGAGGUUCGAGGCGGAAGAGGCUGCUCAGGGCUUGAAGAGGGCAGUUGAGGCGUUGUGGACCUCCGACGAGGUUCGCAGGAUCAAGCCGGUACCGCAGGACGAGGCCCGCGCGGGCAUCGCGGUGAUCGAACAGGUGCUGUGGGACGCCGUGCCCGCGUACCUCCGCCGUCUGGACGGCGUCCUCACGGAGACCGUAGGGAAGAGUCUUCCCAUCCAGGCGGCCCCCGUCGUGUUCGCUUCGUGGAUGGGCGGAGACAGGGACGGUAACCCGAACGUCACACCUGCGGUAACCCGCGAGGUUUCCUUCACGGCUCGUCGUGAGGCCGCCACCCUCUACCUGAAGGACGUCAAGGACUUGAACAUGGAACUCAGCGCCACCAAGUGCUCGCAAGAGCUUCGCGACGUGGUCGGCGAUUCGCGCGAGCCUUACCGCGUCAUCUGCAGGCAGCUCGAGAAGGACCUCGAGGAGACGAUCGAGAUGCUAGAGGAGAUGAUCGAUGGAGAGCUGGAGCCCGAUGUGGAAGCCCUGCCCGUCAACUCUCGCACCCAGCUCUUGGAGCCCCUGAUGAUGAUGUACAAGUCCCUGGUCUCGACGGGCCAGAGGGCCUUGGCCACGGGCCCCCUCGUGGACUCAAUCCGCCGCGUUGGGUGCUUCGGCAUCUGCCUCGCGCCCCUCGACCUCCGCCAGGAAUCCACCCGUCACACGGAGGCCAUGGACGCCAUCACGCGGUACCUCGGAGUGGGCUCGUACGCCCAGUGGGACGAGACCACGCGACAGUCGUGGCUCCUCACCGAGCUGCAGGGAAAGAGGCCUCUGCUGCCCAGGAACACUCCCCUGUCCGAGCUUGGCUUCGACGAGAUCGUGCAGGACACCCUUGGCACGUUCGAGGUCGCCGCCACUCUCGGCGAAGAGGCCCUCGGCGCACAAGUCAUCUCCAUGGCCUCUUCCCCUUCCGACGUUCUCGCGGUGAAGCUCAUGCAGAAGGAAUUCGGCAUGCCGUGGGACAUGCGAGUGGUGCCGCUUUUCGAGACGCUCGACGACCUCGAGCGGUCGGAAGCCACCUUGAGGACUCUGCUCUCUCUCCCCUGGUACCGUGGCCACAUCGACGGUAAGCAGGAGGUGAUGAUCGGAUACUCCGACUCGGCUAAGGACGCCGGCAAGAUGGCUGCCGCUUGGGCGCAGUUCAACGCUCAGGAGCGACUGGCGGCGGUUGCGGAAGAGGCGGGCGUGAAGCUCACCUUCUUCCACGGCAAGGGCGGGACUGUCAGCAGGGGCGGUAACCCCGCGCUCUACCAGGCGAUCAUGGCGCAGCCGAGGGGCACCUUGAACGGGCACUUCCGCGUGACGGAGCAGGGUGAGAUGAUCACACAGAACUUCGGGCACCCUGGUAUCGCCGUAAACACCCUCGACAUCUACACCUCGGGGAUCCUGCACUACACGUUCGAGCCCCCGGCCGUCCCCACGGAACAGUUCCGGGCCACGAUGGACACUCUUUCGGAGGCAUCCUGCGCGGCGUACCGCGACAUCGUAAGGAAAGACCCUCGGUUCGUGCCCUACUUCAGGACGGCCACCCCAGAGCUGGAGCUGGGCGGCCUCAACAUCGGAUCGCGGCCUGCCAAGAGGAGGCCUACUGGCGGAGUGGAGAGUCUGCGGGCUAUCCCUUGGGUGUUCUCGUGGACUCAGACGAGGUUGAACCUGCCGGCGUGGCUGGGCGUGGGCGAUGCUCUCGCAGCAGUGGCUUCAACAAAGGAGGGCGUCGAGAACUUGAGCACCAUGUACGCGACCUGGCCCUUCUUCAAGACCAACAUCGACCUUUUCGAGAUGAUCAUCGCCAAGUCCGAUGCCCGCAUCGCCGAGCACUACGAUAGCGAGCUGGUUGUGGAUGGAGAGGCCAAGGAGCUCGGAACGGAGCUGAGGAGGCGACUGGGAGAGACGGCCGGUGAGAUCCUCAAGGUGUCCGAGAACCCGGAGCUGAUCGCAUUCAACAAGCUGCUGCGCUGGCAGCUGGCUCUCCGAAACCCUUACCUGGACCCUGUGAACGUGAUGCAGGCGCACAUCCUUCACCGGCUGCGAAACGGCAAGUUCGGCUCUCCCGCGGAGGAGCAACAUCUGCACGACGCUCUUAUCCUUACGGUUACCGGGAUCGCCGGCGGGAUGCGCAACACCGGAUAAAGCUUGUCGUUCCGGCGGAAGCCGCACGACGUUGGUUCGAUGUUCUUGGGAUCUUGUUUUGUCGCGGGGACGAUUGUUGGGCGUCCGCGGGGUCAUCACGGUGACCGGGAUCACGCACACAAGGCGGCAUCUACAUGCACGCGCAGGUAGCACUUCUUUAGGCAUUGUGUUGUGUUUUUCCCCUGGACAUGGUAACAAAGGUGGUCCGUGCAUGGGAUAGGUGUUCUUGAAACGCGUUUUUUAUGGCCUCUUGGGACGGGGGGGGGGGUGUUCCGACGCACUGGCGUCCUCUUGUUGGGAUUGCGUCGACGAGCAGAAGCGGGAUGUUGCUACUCUGUAUUGUCCUGACGCUUCGUCUUGUGCAAGGGAAGGGAAUCUUGCAGGACAACGGAUGCUCGGCGCAAGUUUUUGGCAGCUGGAGAUUUAGGACCAGCCUAAAUGUUGUAGUAUAUAAUCGUGUUAGGUUUCGAAGGCAAUGCUGCAAGGACCCAGCUCCCGUGUGGGACAUGAAGUUGUUGAGUAGAGGAAUUGUCCUUGUCACCCCCAUCGUGCACAGAAGCAGCUAUGGUAGGGAAACCGCAAAUGCGGGACGUUAAGUUGGUGUGUUACCUUUGAUUUCGUCGUUGAUGUGUGACCGAAGCAGUGUUUCCUGUUAGGUAGGCUAGAACUCAAUACCGUGCGAAAGGUCGGCUGUGAUAUGGCCGGGCUGGGGGGGCGUCGGUCACCAGCAAUCCGUGUAAGCUGCGCACCGACAUGCGCCUUGAAUUUUGGUGGAGAGUACCUAUUGGAGAGGUGAGGCGAUGAUUGAGCUUUCUAUAUAUGUGUUGGUAGGUAGAUCUCGGCGGGUAGAUUUCCGUUGGGUGGGCUACGGGUAUCUUGGGGUUGCUGAAACACUUUCAGGGGGGGCGCCUUGGAUUGAAUAUUGUAGUCAGGUGGCAAAAUGCGGUAUUGCGGGUAUUGCGGGUAUUUCCUUCAAGUGAGUAUCCUUUGUGGGCUGCCUAUUCGACGGUCUUUGAAGCAAUGUCCCUCUUGAGUCUCCGUACACCCAAAGACGCCCUUCAAGUAUCCUCGCCCAGACAUGAGGGUGGAAAUGCACCCUGUAAAACUCCGGGGACUCAGGUUGACCUGAGCUCAUGUGUUUCAGUCGCUCUAUUUGGUCCUCGG